AUGUCGAAGCCACACGCCCCUCCCGCACUGUCUUGGGCCCUGGAUGGACGCGAGGUUGACCUUCUUCACUAUGUCUUCGCUAGGCCCGAUAUUAAACAGCUUAGAGGACAUCCUGAGAAGGUUCUCGCUGCUAUUGACGACUACCACCAUCAGUUCAACAAGCUCAUGAACGUUGGCCUGAGCAAAGGCGCAUUCAUUACUAAGAUCAUCGCAGAGCGUAAGCCCUCAGUGAUGAUUGAGCUUGGUGGAUACGUCGGCUACUCAGCUAUUCUGUUCGGCGACGCGAUCAAGAAAAAUGGAGGAAAGCAGUACCUCAGCAUCGAAAAGAAUCCCGAAAUGGCAGCCGUCGCAACUCAACUUGUGGAUCUGGCAGGAUUACGCGACGUUGUUAGGGUUGUUGUUGGCUCUAGCAACGAGGUGCUCACAGAAUUGAUCAGCGAGAAGAAAGAGAUCGAUUCGGUGGAAUUGAUUUUCAUGGAUCACUGGCAGGAUCUUUAUCUGCACGAUCUGUGGUUGCUUGAAGACUUGAAAGUCCUGAACCCAGGUGUCUCCCUGCUGUUGGCAGACAAUGUGAUCAUGCCAGGCGCACCAAAGUAUCUUGAAUGGGUGCACGCGACUCCCCAGGAGAAGAAGCAUAUCGUCAACAAUUCAGAUAUCGGUUCGCUAUCUCCAAACCCGAGUUUCGUGUACGAGACGGCCGUUUCCGAAUUUGACACCGACUUUGGCAGGGAUGGAGUUGCAGUCACCAAGAUUAUAGGAAAGCAAGACGUGUAG